CGGGGCUUACACAAAUGUGUAAGUAUUAAUAUUAUUAAUAAUAAUAAUUACUGUAAUUCCGUCAUUCGUCGAAUGACGGCCAUGUUGCCCGUAGCAAGUCGGAUUGGCGUGCGGAACGUUACGAUCAGGACCUCCUUCAGGCGGUCUCGGUCGUCCACGAUGUCCACAAUGGCUACGACCCCGUACUUGAUAUCGCCGUCGCAGUUGCAUGAGUCCCUGCAGUCCUCUGGCGGAGUAUCGGUCUUGGACGCUAGUUGGUUCAUGCCAAAUUCCCCCCGCAAACCUCAGGAAGAGUUCAACAAAAAGCGGAUUCCUGGCGCACAGUUCUUGGAUUUAGACCAAGUGGCUAGCCCUCAUGAGCUUGGCCUCAAACACAUGAUGCCUUCCGAAAGCGUCUUCGCGGCCGCGUGCGAGGGAUUCGGCAUUGAACCUAAUUCACAUGUAGUAAUAUACGAUACACAUGGCGUCUUUUCUUCGCCUCGUGCCCUCUUCAUGUUCAGGGCAUUUGGCCACAGCAAGUCCAGCAUCCUGGACGGCGGUCUACCGCGUUGGGAGACAGGGGGCUUUGAGACGGAGGAUGCACCACCAGUAGACCGGAAAAAGUCCACGUAUCCCACUCCUAUCCUUGAUAGGACCGUUGUCCGCUCAUACGAGCAGGUAGUGGAGAACUCCAUGCUGGACCCAGCCUUGGACCCCUCAGCUGAACUGGUGGUGGACGCACGUUCCCGUGGCCGCUUCACGGGUACUGAUCCCGAACCACGACCUGGCUUAUCUUCAGGACACAUACCGCAUUCGUUCUCGCUCCCAUUCAACGCAUUUCUGAGGACUCACACUAUACCUAAUACAUCUACCCAGUAUACCACAUUCCUUCCUAUAUCUGAGUUACGACAAGCACUUGUUGAUGCCAUAGGGACCGAACAAGUGGAGGUAAUCCUUUCCGGCAAACGGAGGAUAACAACCUCCUGCGGAAGCGGCAUGACUGCUGGUAUCUUGUGGCUGGGAUUGAGAAUGUUGGGGGCCAAAAGCGUUUCCUUGUAUGAUGAAUCUUGGACUGGCUACGCGAGCCGAAGCGAGAGUCGGAUAGAAAAAUCUGCCUGAAGUUGAUUGUAUAGAGGUGAUUCCAACCUAUGUAGGUAGAGAAAAACUAAUUGAACUGGUAUCGUAGUUCGUAAGUGGUCGUACAACA